GAGAGAGGGGUGGGGGCAAAGUGAGGGGGUUGCAGAGCAUCAGACAGUGAGAGAGCUGACAAUGUGAGCAGAGAACGAGGGUGCAGAGGGGAGAAGACGUGAAUCGGGGACGGAGGCUGAGGUGCUGCACAGUGCUGCCAGCCGCUGCUGAGACGAGCAUCAUGGCAGAACUGACUGCAGCAUCACGACACAUGGCGGCGAGCAGCUGCUGCUGAACACGGGUAAAGCAGAGACAGUCAGGAGGACCUCCUGGAAACCGAAAACAGGCUGAAGAAACAGGUGUUGCCUGUGGAGAAAAUCCAAAGAUGAGUGGGAUCCUGAAGAGGAAGUUUGAUGAAGGACCACAGCCGUAUCUUUCCCUGCAGGGAUCCGAAGAUGACGAGGUUUCUUGCAGCGACAGUGGAAAUAGCAGCGAUAGUCUCAACAAUUCAGUCCCUUCUGGGAUUCCGGACUCUAACCUCCAGCGGCAGUCAAAGCGAAUCCGGGGGCGCAAUGUGCACUUUGAGAGCGUGACGGUUUACUAUUUCAGCCGGCGGCAGGGCUUCAUCAGUGUGCCCACGCAGGGGGGCAGCACCCUGGGCAUGUCCCCGCGUCACAGUGGGGUGAGGCGCUUUACUCUCAGAGAGUUUGCUCUGGAGCAGAAUCGGAGCCACCGGGACAUGCUGAGGGACCAUCUCAAGAAGGAAAAACUCAACGCCAUCAAGCUCAAGUUGACAAAGAACGGCACGGUGUCUUCGACCGAGGCGGACACUCUCACGCUCGACGACAUCUCAGAGGACGAUCUGGACGUGGACAACACAGAGGUGGACGACUACUUCUUCCUCCAACCCCUGACCACCAGGAGGCGCCGCGCUCUUCUGCGCGCCUCCGGGGUGCGCCGCAUCGACGUAGAUGAGAAGCACGAGCUGCAGGCCCUACGGAUGUCCAGGGAGGAGUGUGGGUGUCGCUGUCAGGGGAUCUGUGACCCGGAGACGUGCGCUUGCAGCCUGGCCGGCAUUAAGUGCCAGGUAAAUGGAACAGGGGUGGACCGCAUGUCCUUCCCCUGCGGCUGCACCAAAGACGGCUGCAGCAACGGCGCCGGCCGCCUGGAGUUCAACCCGGUCCGCGUGCGCACCCACUUCCUGCACACCAUCAUGAAGCUGGAGCUGGAGAACAGCCGCGAGGAGCAGUAUCAGCAUCAGCCGGAGCGGCAGCAGCUCGUAACCAACGGCAACGGUUACCACGGCGACCCCGCCUUGGUUCAGCAGCAGCCGAACAUGCAGUCCUCGCUGAUGAUGCCCAAUCCCAUCGUGCAGCUGCCCAACGCAGGCGACACCAAUUUGCAGCUUGAGGAGGAGGAGGAGGAGGAGGAAGAGGAGGAGGAGGAUGACUAUGAUGAAGAGGAGGAUGAGGCGUACGACGAUGAUGGCAGCAGCGUGUGCAGCGUGCUGUCGGACUGUAGCACACACAGUCUGGAAACCUUCAACCCUGAUGAGGGAGAAGAGGAUGAGGAGGACGAAGAGGAUGAUGAUGAUAAUGAUGAUGAUGAAGAGGAGGAAGAGGAGGAGGACUGGGAUUGUUUGUUAGAUAGCACGGGCCCACCCCCUUACCCCGUCCCCCUCCCAUCUGUGCUCAGCUACUCCAACAGCACACUGGUGGGCCUCGGCAGCUCCUUCCACGGCGCCCCCCCUCUACAGCAGUACCGCGCGGGCGACGGCCCGCCGUUCCCCGCCGAAAGCACCCCCGUCCUUCCAUCCGUAGAGUCUGCAUUUGAGUCUGACAUCAAAACGGGACUCCUCCACGCAAACCCAGCUUCACGCGAGGCGAACACUGCCCCCGCUGGAAAGACCGGCCAACUGCCCGGCUCCACAGGGUCUGGAUUGUUCAGGAGGGUCCAGAACAAUCCAGACCCUCCAGACUCACAAACUGAAGCUGGGGAGCAGACCGAGAAAACCAGGGAGGCCCUGCAGCAAGUAGCACCGUCAGAGAACGUCUGAUGACUGUGGCAGGGAAAUCUGGAGGAUGAUACAUUUUUGAUAAGUGCCCUUCCAAAGACAGAAGAAAAAAGGCUCCAAACACCAAUCAAAAGAUCAUUUUCUGAGAUGAUUAAGACUUUUCAGUUACAUCAAUAAACAAUAAAUGUUUUUCUGAGUCAAGCUGCACAAAGAAGGCCGUGAAUGUUGUGACGUCUCCCGCAUGCUUUCUGAUUACAGCCGGCAUCUGUGACGAAUCCGAGUGCGAUUUCGAGGUGCUCGCGUGGUUGCUUUGUGUUCCCGGUGUGCCGCCGCUCCGCUGUUGCUGCUAAACGCUAACCUGUACUGCAUGCGCUCAGCUAGCUGAGGAUGUCUCAUGGCCUGCACAGUCUGUAAAACUAUCAAAAAAGGUCAUUGAUACUAAUGACUAUCAAUACACGUGUUAAUUAUAAUUCCUACAACCAGGGA